AUGUUCGGCAUCGUGGACUUCACCACCCUCACUGCAGGCGCGGCGCUUCUUGCAGGCGUUGCUGCGGUGCCAUCUGUUCCUCUUCAGCCGGCAUACAAAUGGGAUAUGAUCAAGCCUGACGAGGCCAAGGUAAAGCAGUGCCUUUCCUCUGCCGACUGGGUGAUGGAGUGGUCGGGCAAUCCUAUCAACCUCGGCAAUGCCGACCCGGUGAAGGAGUUCAAAGAUCUUAUCGGGAGCAAUCAAUGUGGUUCUGUAUCCUGUCACAAGGGAACAUCCGAAUCCCUCACGCACAAGGUUGCUGGAGCUGAGGACGUAGUCGAUACCUCAUACCGCAUCGAGAUUUCUGAGGCGUGGUUCAACAACCAGGCUAUGAAGGACCUGAUGACAGAGGUCGUUGCACAGGGCAUUGAGGGUGCGAGCCAGUGGGAGACCAAGCACUGGGAACACCCGAAGCGUCUCGACUUCCUGAACGGCAACUUUGGCCCGGCUGGCUCGGGCGACAACAAAGAAGUGACACUCCCGGGCGAUGAGUUCACUCUCACGUGGAAGGACAUCGCCAGCUGUUCUGCCUUCCGCCUGAAGGUCAACUACAUCGACACUAGGUACUGCGGCGCCUGGACACUCGGAACGACUUUGACAAAAGCUUUCGACUUUGGUGCCCUCGCUGGGGUCACGGACUGGUCGCAGUCGGCUGCCGGCAUUGAUGCGCUGAAAUCCAUGGUGCAGCAGAAGGUUCAGGGCAACAUUAACAUCACUACGAAGAUGCAGCAACCUAAGUGCUGA